GCAGUUAUUGCGGAAUCUCAGCCCGUUUUCGGUCUAGUUUGUUUUUACUUUGCAUCAUAGCCUGUGACAAAGAAACAUGAAUUUAUUUUAUACUGUAGGUCCGAUUGUAACAGCUGUAACAUGGCGCUGCUGAUUGACCCGUCUCUGUUAAACACACCUGAAGGUUGGAAAGAACCAUAAGAUAUCGACCAACACCUAAAGGGGCCGUCAUGCCGAAAGAGCAGCCUCGCUUAAAGGAUGGUGAUCCCCGUGCACCAACAAGCAAGAACGCUAAAGAUAAGAGCAACAGCACCACCAUGCUGGCAAUUCGUGACGCCAAAGGUGCCGAUGGCUCCAACAGAAUGGGCUCCAGCUGCAGCUCUGAAAAAGACUCUGGGUAUUCUGAGGGCUCUGACUGGCAGCAGACAGAUGCUGAGGACCAAAGUAGCACCAACAGCCAAAGGAGAGGGAUAAAACAUGCUGAGGCUUCACACUCAGGUCAAUCCAAAACACAAGGCAGCAGAAACACUGGAGAUCCUACUGUGAAGCUUACCAAUCAGGCCCAUCCACCCGUCUAUAUCAUCAAGUGUUCUUCUUCCCAGCAGCCAGCCGUCACCCAGAAAAGGAGUCAGCUGAGCAUUGGUAACAGCAUGAGGAUAAUCAGCCAUGCUGUCUCUCCAAAUAUGAUCAUUCUUGACAAGCAAAGCUUCAUGCCAGCAACACUGCAGCACCUCAAGCCUUUGAAUUCUAGUGUCAAAGGCAAGAAAGCCAAAAAUACCUACCUCCCCAUAUUGAACUCUUACCCUCGCAUUGCUCCACAUCCUACCAAGAAGCCACCUGACAAGUCUACAUCUGACCAGGAAUCCCAAACUCUGAGCAAGAGGGUGUGCACUGAACGUAAGACUGAAGAAACUUCAGUAAGUAGAGGCCUGUCUGAGGAGCGCCAUCACAACCAACUAAAGCCGACAGCUUCAAACUCUGUCCUGUUGAGUUCUACAUCUAGCAGAAACAGUCUGCCCUCCUCCACCUUCAUGAUUUCUUCCGCAGACCUCGGAUCUCCAUCCAUCUCUAGUCUGCAUGCGGUGUCCUCUGACUCUCCACACCAAGGAAGUCAUAGGAGGAGCGUCACCACAAGUUCUCGCCGUCGCCAAUUCCUCAACACGGUAGAACUUCUAAGACAGUCCGGUCUGCUGGACAUUACGUUGCGUACAAAGGAGCUGCUUCGCCAGUGCAACACCACUGAGCAGGAAAUCUGCCAGCUGCGUCAGCACACAGAGCUACUCUGCCAAGCUAUCAGCAACCCGGGCCAAAGCCUGAACGGUGUCACAGCUUGGGAACAUCUGUGUCAGACCAUGGCAGAGUCUGGUAGCUACCACAACCUUGAAAUUACCCAGAAAUCCCAGAACCCGUCAUAUCCAAGUUCUGUCGGUAAACCGCAAAGUGUUUGUACAGGUACCACGGCGAUGCCACAAGCUGCUCAGAACCCCUGCCAUUUUUCCUGCGGGUCGGAGCAAUCUCAGGUAAAACAAGACAGGAAAGUGGAGACCAGCGAAAGAUCCCCCGACAAAGGGACCUUCAUGUCUCCUGACAGUUCUUCAGGUUAGAAGCCUCCUUGCCUUCAAAGACUGACAAAACCAGUCCUGACUGCUGUGCCUUUACUAAAUAUUUAUCUGUAUCUGUGUUUUCUGCUUUAUACUGUCUGGAUGUUUUGAUAGUUUGACAGUUAAAAAAAAUACUAGGCAGUGUGAAAUAUUUCAGUUUGUCAGAUCAAAAAGUUAAAAAAUAACUUUGUUAAAGGUAAAAGCACUGAUCUGCAUUUUAAGCUCUAUUUUUUACAACACAUGUACUGCUGUAGAUCCAUAGAGUACAAGAUCCUAAGUUUUACACAUGGGGCUAAUUUUUUAUCUGACGUGGAAUUCCAGCUUGCCUGAACUUAAAAAAAAAAUCCUUUUCAAAUCCUUUGGUUUUAACCUAAACCAUUAAAUUACACCCACAGAGUGUUAACAAAUAGUACAUGAGAUUGCUAAUUGAUUCAUUGGUAUGUUGGAAACCUGAAGUUUCCAGAGUUUAUUAACCUGUUCUUCCAUGGGCUUUCAGAAAAAUUUAAGAAAGUUUAUCUUUCAUGGGAACUAAAGGGAUGAAAUCACUUUUUUGUUUCCUUUAACAACCACUUUUAGAUUUUAACUUUAGGAACUUUAUUUGGGAUCUAUUGAUUCACUUCCUGACCAAAUCCUUGGUAAAAUGUGACAAAUGUUUUAAAGAAGUGUUUAGCUAGUUGAAAGGUUAGAAAUGUAAAAUGACUUUUCCUCUAUUUCCCAUUUGUCAUUUCAUGGGAGAUUUAUUUGGCUUCUCCUGAGUCCUUGCCAUCAUUAGAUCAUUAAUGGGUUAACUUUGAUAUUUAUAACUUUCUUACUUUAGACAUCUAAACAAAAGACCUGUGCAGUCGCAGGCAAGACUGCGAUGCUUUUCUUCUUCUCCCAUUCAUAUGUACAACACUGAAAGUUCUACUUGUCCCAGAGGGGGCAGACUUCUGCAAAAACUCUGCUAUGCUCUUUUAAUGAAGUCCAGUCGAUGUUUGUAAAAGAACAUCUCUUUUCUUAUUUCUAAAGUGUAAUUGGAUAAAUUAAGUUCUUUGAUUAUCUAAAACAUUAUAUAUUUUUUAAACUUCCUUUUCAGGCAAAUUUACCAAAUUUCUUAGUAUAACAUAAGGGAAAUCUUUCUGCCUGCUCUAUCUGAGAGUUUUCCUGCAUGCCUCGUGUUUCCUGCUUUCCAGUCUUCAUUGAAACUGUUUUUUAUUGAUUCAAAAAACAUUAUGUUGAGGCUAAAUGUUUGGCUUUGGGAACAAGACUGAUCGUGGAACCAGAAGAAAAGCUUUGAAAAGCUUACAGAGUGGGAAGAAAAAACCCUGAACAACUAAUAUUGAAUCACCCCAUGAUUUAAGACUAAUGCACAGUGCUGCCUCAUCACCUGAAUUCAUCAUUACAUUUUCUAAAAUAUCCCCUCAAUUUAUUGAUAUACCCUUUGGUCGAAAUGUUUUGACAUCUGGACACUGAGCUGAACCAAGCUUUUCAACUGCAUUUUAUCAUAGAAACCUGUGGAGGAUCCUGGAUUUCAGUCGGACCUAUUCCUUCACUGGACAUGUGGAAAUAUACACUACUACUUUUUAAAUGACCUCCUCUCGUUUUCCUCAAAGUCCAAAGAAAAAACUUGCAUUGCUCCAGCAUUCUUUCAUGCGACCACAUAAACAUUUCCAACCUGAAGUUCACCUUCAUUAACAGAACCUACCAAAAUCAAUUUAAUAUUAAUCCAUGUUGGCCUCUAAAACAAACCAUAACUAGCCAUGUGGUUCUGUUGGACCCCCUCUAAUAAACGCUCUCAGAUG